UUAUUUCUGUUUCUUCAAGUAAAUCUAUUAACAUAGUAAAAUAAUUUAUUAUCAGUUAUCCCGAAUUAUGAAAUACGUAAAUUUUAAAUCAAGAGCGUUUAUGUCAGGACGUGGAGACUGCAAACAAAAUCAGUUUCAUAAAAGUCUGUGCGGCGUGUGUCAGCACAGGGACCGCGUUGCGCAAGUUACCAAAUUUCAAUCUGGAAGCCCGUUGAAAAAAAGAAAUACCGCGGACUGCCACAACCCGGACGAGUGGUUCUGGGGGGCUUGGCGUCCAAAGAAGUGGGAGGCCUUUUUCCUAGAGUAGUUUUCGUUCCCCCUCGGAAGGACCAUAUUCAACUGGUCAACUAUCAUCUAUCAACGUCUGGACAUCUUACACUAUGAAUGAAGGAAUUGGAUUCGGUUUGUUCUUGAUUUUGAGUGCCAGUAUUGUUCGAGGACAGUGGCUUACAGUGACUCACAUCUGGUGGAACGUCGAUUUCGAGUUCCCGACCGAAUUCACAAGGAGAUCAGCGUUGAUGCACAAAGAGCUCAUUCCCGAUACCGUCGUCAUUAUCGACGCUGACGUUUAUAAAGGACGUCUGUUUGUCACGACGCCCAGUUUGAUGCCAGGAACGCCGGCUACGUUAAGCACCGUUGACCAGUUCACCUCCGUCGCACCGUUAUUAAGGCCGUUCCCAGAUUGGUCUUGGCACAACGUCACCGACAGAAACGACUGUUCUUACAUCAAAUCUGUCUUCAGAAUAAAAAUUGAUAAGUUAGGCCGACUUUGGGUCGUGGAUUCUGGAGUCACAAACGCGUUCUCAGACAGGACGAUCAGAGGAAACUGCAAUCCAAAAAUAAUGGUUUUUGAUCUAAACGACGAGGACCGAUUGAUCAGGAUGCAUGUGAUAGAUAAAAUUUUGAUCGACGACGACUCGCUAUUAUUGAACAUUGCCGUACAAGUGAUGAACGAAGACGGGGAAAAUACAUUCGCUUAUAUUGCAGAUUCGAUGGGGACUCGGCUCAUAGUCUACGAUUACGCCAAAGACAGAGUCUUCAUCCACCAGCAUCCGUACUUUUUUCCAGACCCGGCCUACGGGUUUUAUAAGACCAACGGUGUCCAGUACACAGUAAUGGACGGGUUGUUUACACUGGCGAUAGACGAAAAGAGAGACUUGCUGUAUUUCCAUGCGUUGUCUUCCGGUCACGAAAGUCGAGUGAAGGCAUCUAUCUUGAGAAACGAAACUAUAACAGAAAGACAAGCGAGGGAAUUCGAGGCCUUUCCGAAAAGACCUUUCCACGCUUCUAGUGAAGUGAUAACAGACCGAGGGCUGCUCGUUUUCCCGUCUCUGGAGCACAACGAACUUUUAGGCUGGGAUACGACGCUGCCGUACGAGACAGGCUAUUUCCAUCUCCUGGCAAGGGACGAAGAAGCCCUCCAAUUUCCAACAGGGAUGAAACUUGCAGGAGACCUGUUUCUUAUGGUCACGACACGUCUCCAAAACCUCCUGGCAAACGGCAUGGCCAACAAAGGAGAGAUCAAUUACAGAAUACUCGUCGGCGAUGCCCGCUACCUAGAUAAAUUUUUGUAUAAAAAACGAUAACAAUAUUUUUUUUAAAAUAGGGACAAUACACUUACUUGUUGGAAAACAGAGUAGUUUGAAAAUAGGC